GGCAAGGGUGAAGUCAAGUUUAUGGGGCCAUGAAUGCAUAAUUUUGUUAUUGAGUGAACCUCCCGUAACUGCUUUGAUAGUAUUGAGAAACAAUAAGGAAAGAGAUCAUGCAACUUUCCUGCCCAGAAGCAUACAAAAAUCCAACUACUACAUUAUCAUCCUUUUUCACUCUCUUCCACUCAAUCAGACUCCCAACAGCCACCUCACAAAUUUCCUUUAAAAACGCUGCUUCUGGUUCUAGGAAGGCACCCCAACUCGUUCGAAUAUCUCCAGUCACUAAGUAACUGUAGCAAGCAGCCGCUGCAAUGGCUUCCAAGCAAAUCUGUGCCCUCUUUUUAGUGUUCUCUCUUCUUCUCCACUCAACAUUCACCAGCGCCUGCAAUUCAUGCAAACCCAAGCCCACACCCACUCCUCCUCCUCCUCCUUCACCAGCAUGCCCUCCACCACCAUCAUCUUGCCCCAAGGACACAUUGAAGCUAGGUGUCUGCGCUGACCUCCUUGGACUUGUCAACAUAGUGGUGGGAUCACCUCCUUCAAGCAAAUGCUGCGCUUUGCUCUCAGGCUUGGCUGAUUUGGAGGCUGCCCUUUGCCUUUGCACUGCCAUUAAAGCCAGUGUACUUGGAAUUAACCUCAACAUCCCCGUUUCUCUUAGCUUAAUCCUUAGUGCAUGUCAGAAGAAUGUUCCUGCUGGCUUCAAGUGUGAAUAAGAAGCCCCGAAGUUUCCACGCUAAGUUUGCUCUUGUACUUUGACUUGUCAGAAUAUCACCAUGCCAUUGGUGUUGGAAAAUUUACUAAUGUGCUUUAAUUUGUUGCUUUGAUUAGUUUGUUUUGAAGUUGGAAACAAGGUUUCUUUUCUUUUCUUUUUUUUUUUUUUGCUAGGGUUUGUGUUUUACAUUUUUAGGGUGUCUUAUCCCAAAGACUCUCCCAUUAUGUGAUAUUUGUUCAAGUUGAAUAACUAGGCCUGUGGGUUCAUUUACCUCAGCCUACAUGUAAUGUUUGAUUAAUGUUUGUGAAUGUGAAGUUGAUUUUCUUUAUGUUUACUCAA